GAGUGAUACUACCUAAACAACCGAAGGUCAUUUUGAGUGCGUAAAUCUGUCUGGGUCAUUUAGCGUAUUGCCAACCCAUCUCGUGCUGGUACUAGGGGUAUCUUCGAAACUUUGUUUACUUGAUAACAACAGGAAAACUUGUAACGUGUCUGUCCCUAUGAUGUUAUAAGGAAAGGUCGAGCCCCCCCUCACUCACACCCGUACCUUCGUCAAUUUUCAUAAAGGCAUCCAAAGUCUGGUUUGCCGUAAGAUGAGUGCGUAACCCUUAUAACGGUGAAUCCCGUUACCUGCUUCUCGGGGCCAGUGUCUCAGUGGUGCCGUGGUAGUCCGGGGUGGUUAGUGACGUUUCACAACCGAUAGGACACAGGUGCAUAUAGUGGAGGGAUGCCGACUCAAGGGGCGAAAAUCCAGGACGUAGCAUUAUAAAUAAAUAAGCGAUUAGUGUAUGGAAAAAAGACCAUUUUCAUUUGCAUUUGGGAAUCGGACGAACUGAAGAACUUGAUAUGGAGUACGAAUAUUGUCCGACGACCUGCGAGAGCGAUGUCGAGGAAGACGUACUGGUGCUGGUCGAAGUGCCAACAGGACCCGAUGGGCGCAAGAGGCAGAUCAGACACACCAGGAGACCGCCCUACGGAUGGCAGUACGCCUGGACGAUGUCACUGCUCUGCCUCGUCCUCACCCUUGUACUCAUCAACGACAUGAUCACCUACGGGAAAUUCGAGUCCAAGUGGCAGCGGGAGGAGGCCGCCCUGCAACUCCUUCGGGAGGCGGGAGCUUAUUCGGGAGGGAGACAGGAGGUGGCCGUAAAGCCUACAAUGAGGAUAGAGAUAUAUUAUGAAGUUCUCUGUAGUGAUAGCCGCAACUUCAUCAUGAAGCAGCUCACUCCUGCUUUCGAAAAGCUAAAAGAUAUUCUACAAGUGGGACUUGUACCCUAUGGGAAGGCAAAGACACUAGAGGAAAAUGGCAAAGUAACUUUUGAUUGCCAGCAUGGUCCCAGGGAAUGUGAAGGAAAUAUUGUCCAUGCUUGUGUCACAAAUAUAAUAAAAGAUGAAGCAAAGCAGAUAGCAAUUGUACAUUGCAUGAUCGAUAGAAAUGAACAGCCAAUGGUGGUAGGAAAGAAGUGUGUAGAGAAGCACGGAGAAAAGUGGGCAAGUAUAUCCAGCUGUGUCACUUCUGAUAAGGGAACUAGUAUCCUCAAACAUAUGGGGGAUAUGACACACAGGUUGAAGCCUGAAGUGACCUUCAUACCUACCAUUACCAUAAAUGGGAGCCAGGAAGACCAGAAACAUAUUCUCCUGGACUUCCACAAGGUGUUGUGCAAAAGAUACAAGGGGCCAAGACAUCCUUCGUGUUGAGUGACUUUUCUCUUCUAAAAUAAUAUUUGAUAAGCGGCUACUUAAUUGAAAUCUUUACAAGUGCUGUUGUCCUCAUUACUGAAAUACCCAAGGUAUGAAGAAUAUAGGAGGCUUAAGUGAAAAAUUUUAAUUACAAGAAUCAUCAACAACAAAAUUUUAGUAGAGAAAAGGAAGUAGGUUUUGAUAUGGUAAUAAUCUGCAGUGAGGCAAGGUAAUUGAAAUAGACAAGUCAGAAUAAUCUUUGAUUUGAAGAGUACCAAGUGAAUUUCACUGAUUUUAUAAUGACAAUAAUGAUAACCUUUAAUGGGCCUUUUUUGAUAGUGUUUUUUUUUUUUUUUUCUUUCUUUCUUUCUUUCUAGUGUGGGGCAGCCAAUAAUACCCGUCAGAUGCACUGGUAUUUGAUAGUAACAAAACCAGUGGUUAAACUUGCUUAUUCGUCAUUCUGUUGAUACAAUAUAGACAUGGCUAGAAAGAGUGCAUUUUAAUAUUUGUAAUAAUGUUGCAGGAUGAAAGGUAUGAAUAGCUGGUUGUGACUAUUUUUACUGUAGAGUGAUCUCUUUGUAUUGUAGAUGGUGAGAUUAUCAUUUUUAAUUUUUAAUUUUUAAUCAGUCUUGAUCCUAUUUCUCUCAAGAAGCUGGGAUUAUUGUUUUUGUCACUAAUUUAAAUUAAGCUUUUCUUUAUGGUAGUUUCUCUUUAUGAAAUAACCUAGUACAUAUGAGAUUAUAUAGUUGUACUCAUUUAUUUGGAUAAGACGUUGAUAGGUUUUUAAUGUAGUAUUUUUUGCAUUUUGGCUUAUAUAUGAGAGGAGUAUAGAGUGUCUUUUGUGUGGUUUUACAGGUGUGUCAUUUUUGCUGAAGGAGUUAGUAUAAGGGAAGGUCUUAAUACAUUUCAAGCAGAAUGUAACAAUCUUACUCAUGGGUGAGGCUUACAGAAACUGUCCAAUUUUGUUUUGUUUUGUUAGAUUUGUUUACACAUAAAUACCUUCACAAGCACUUAAUCACCAAGGAGGCACCUACUAGAUCGAUCUGAUCUCACCUUUUUUCCCUAUUCCUUGAAUUUUGGAAAAAAAAGAGUUUGUGUCAAUAUUGUUAUUGAGAUUUUUUAUUCACAUCAUUAUUAUAUAGUAGGCAAUAAUAAUGGUAAUAAAGAUAAAGUUUUCCUCUCCCCAAAGUCAAGGAGUAAGGUAAUAAGCAAGGUCAAAUUCGCAUAGUGAAUUGACUCCUUGGUGUUUCAAGAGCCAUCAGUAUGUAAACAAAGUUGAUAAAACAAAACUACAGGAAAGAGGGCAUGUGUUAGAAUGAAUUGUACAGCUUUUUAUGUGUGCACUGAUAAUGGACCUACAGCUUAAUGGGAAAAGUAAAGGAAUUUGUAAGGGGAAAAUGUGCAUUAUUAAUAGUAAAUCAGCUGGAAAUGACCAAAGUAGAGGAUUUUUGAGUCCAGAAACCAAACAUUGACUAAAGGUUGGUAUUGGACUCGACACUACUAUUCAGUUUUAUGGUUGCCAAAGUGUAGAAUAAGUGCUAUGAGACUGAAAAUUAACUUUUUUUGAUAGAUAGUUUUGAUUUGAAGAAUACACAUGUACUUUUUUAUAGGAAUUGUAACAUACCAUUCCUAUUAGUGCAAAGCAUCUUGAAUGAUAUUGAUAUUUUACAAACAUACUAUUGAGAUUAUGACAAAGAUACUCAUUUAAAGAAAUCCAUUUUGAUUAUUUGAUACCAUAAAUACUUAUUUAGGCCUUGGUUAUAUAAUUGGUUAGAGAUUUAUGUAUAUACUUUCAUCACCAGUUAUGAUCUUUAGUUUAUUUCAAAUGUGUAGUAAAUGUUACUAUUGCCUUUAAAUCUUUUUUCUUUUUUUUUCCUUUUCCUUUUUCUCUUCUCUUCUUUCUUUCUCUCUGCUCUUUAUUCAUUUCAGAUGUUAGUUACAUUCUCUGAAUAUUUUUUGGGUGAGCAAUUUUUUUUUACGAGAUGCAACAAGCCCUGGGAAAUGUGGCAAUUUAUGUUAGUGAUAUAUAUUACUCUUUAACGAGCCAGUAAUCUAAAAGGGACAAUCUGUAUUAUAUGAAUGUAAGUGACCUUUUUUUAAGAGUUAGAUAAAGAUCACCAUUGAUAAAUGUGUUUUAGCUUAAUCUGGCAGUUUAUGAUAAAAGAUAUAUGUUUAACAGCAGAUUAUUUAAUAUUAAUUUAUGAUUAUCUUGAAAUAAUAUAUCUCUGUCUAUAUAUUUCAAAAGAAAUGAAAUUAAAUGAAUCUCUCAGAACUUCAAACCAUGAUAAUGAUUUUAUAUAUUUGAGCUACCACGUGAAAAAGGACAGCACAGUAGAUGAAGCAUAUUUUUUAUAUUUGUAAAUGUAAUUUCAUGUUUUGUAAGUUCAACCUUUUUUUUUCUUUCUUUUUUUUUUUUUUUUUUCUUUUUACAUGAAUAAUUAUCUUUUGCCAUAAAUCUUCAUGACUUACAUCUGAAGGAAAUAAUUAUUUGCAAUAUCAACAGCUAAUUUCACACAUUCCAUAUUUAUGUUGUGACAAUUUAAAAAACUCGGACUGUGCAAGAAGCUGAACUCUUUUGCUUCAUUUUCUCCUUUAGCAAAAUUCAGUUUGUAAGACUGCUGUAAUGACCAUAACUGUUUCUGAGUGGUAAACAGCAUUACUGAAGGAUUUUUGAGUUUGGAAAUUGCAUUUUUUAAGCAUUAUUUCUCUCCUCAAUUCGUAAUUUUGAGAAAUGAAUGCUUCUCCGGAAAGUGCAGCGAUUGAUGUGCAAUUUGUGCUUGUGAUAAUUAUUAUUUUUAUCCUCAAUAACUGCUUGUCUUUUUUUUUAAACUUAAUUGUAAAUUUACUGAGGUCUCUCCAGCCUCACAAAAGAUAAUUAUUUGAAAGUUAGUAUAUUUGAUAAGGUUUAUUGUGGGUUAUGAAAUUAAUAUAACAUUUUAUAUUACAUAAAACAAAAAACAUGAUAGAACCAUGUAAUAGACUAGACUAUGAAUUGACAUUACACAUUGUUAUCAUCAUUAAGUACCAGUAAGAGUGAGAGUCUUCAUUUUUUGAAGGUUUCCUUGAAAUUAGAAGCGAUAUUGAUGUCAACUUUUAUAGGGCUUUUUUCUUUUUAAAGGUUGGCCUAUUAAUAUUGCAAAGCUUAAUGUCAUAGUUGAGUAUUGCACCAUUUUUGGUUAUUAGCUUGUCAGACAAUUCAUAUUGAAUGUGCAUGUGUAGUUAAAAAAAAGAAGAAAAAUGUUAGCAUUAUUGUUGUCCUGUGUGACCAUGUAAUUUGUGAGGGGAGUUCUUUUUUGAGAAUUUUUAAUGAAAGUUAAGAUUGAUAGGUAUCAACAGUUUAAAAUAAUGCAUUUAGGCUUUUACAGACCACAUAUUCAUGGGUGUGUAAAACCUACCAUGGCAAUGAAUGUACAAAUGAAAUGCCCAAAUACAGUGGUAUGGAUGAAAAAGAAAAACCUAUGUUUUAGCCAUGAAUUGUAAAGCAGUUUGGAAUGUGGACCAAGCUGUUGUUUUGGUAAUUAUCUUAACAGUGUAUUUUACAUAUGUCUUUGGCUUAUGUAGCUUUUAUUCCAGAUUUGAGUCCAAUCAACUAUAUCCAGUCCAGUUUAUGGAUAAGUUGGCUAAAAUUUGUAGUAAUUUAGUUGAAAAUUAGUAAAUAUUUUGGAUUUUGCUGAAGGAAAAUUAGCGAACUCUUGGUAAAUGAACAGCUUUAACAUAUCAAGAUCAGAUUUUAUAGCGUAUCCUAAAGUUGCCUUAUUUUUUUAUUCCUCUGUUUGAUGUUGGAGUCCUACUUCAAAAUUUUACAUACAGUAAUUAAAAUGUUUAUACUGCUUAUUAUAUUAAAAGUACAUUUGAUAAGCCAAAUCUGGCACAGGAUACAGCACUGUGACCUUUGUCAUCACUGGAUACAUAACGCUUAGAUCUUGAGAGUUUCCUGAAUCAGAUUUCUGUGAUAACUUUAAAAGAUCAUUUUUAAUAUUGAAUCUUCCUAUACAAUACAUGGUUAAGAUAACUCGUCUUUAUAAAUGGAAAGAGCACUGUUAUUCAGAAGCCUUUUGAAACUGUUGCGUAUCCCUCUUUAUCUGUGAUGGCUAAGUUCCAUUUUAUACUUAAUAAAAGAUUUCGUGGUAUA